UAGUCAGGGCAGUGAGUGGUCGCAUCAAGGUUGACAUGUCGGUGUCUGCCGUGACCCCCGUUUGAUGUGAUUUGUUCACUGUCCGGUGUGUUGUGCUGCGAUGCGGUGUGUUCUGCUGCCGUGUGCUCUGUCCUUGCAUUGCCCGUUGUCAGUGUUGAUGUUUUGUUCGUGUGCCUGGCCAAGUGAGGUAAGGAAGGUAUUUGACAUUGUGUUGAAUGAAAGGCGGACGAAGAAAAGCAAAGCAGAACAACCGAAUCCCAGCAGCGAACAAGACACAGCGGGUCCUUUGGACGAAUUGAUCAUUGCCUUACUGUCGAGGAGUUACUUAAGGCACCCGACCCUAGGAAUUACCAAAUGCCCGCUCUGAUCUGCCUUAUGCUUGUCUCGGCCGCCGUCUUCCUCUAGUUUUCAUCCGGGCUUUUCCCUUCUCGCUCGACCCUCCUUUCCCACCUCCUGUCAGAGGAAGAUUGUCCACUA